UCACACUUAGGUCCAACCGAGUGUCCAAAGUUCACCCACAAGACAUAGUUUUCGAAUGUUGGAGUCAGCCGGAGUGUCUUGAUCUCUUUUUUUGUCUUCCACAGUAUUUCCUCCAGUUGGGUUCAGGCACGCUGUGUACAAACCUCUCAAGUAGCCACAAUCACUUUGCAAACAGGUGAAAAGCUCCAUGAAGAUGUAACAAAUUGCUCAAGGUCACCAACUCACACAGUCACACACUUUAAGGGCCAUGAUGACUCAUGUGCUCAUACACACUUUACAAACCGAGGUUUAUGCUAAGGAGAGAGGUGAGGGUGGGUGGGGGGAGCGUGGGAGGUGGCUGCGUUCAUCAGAGGACCUCUCAGACUCUUACGAGGGAUGGAGCGGCAACCCUGAACGACUCGCCAUCGGACAGACUGACGGACGGCACCGAAGUACGGAGCGACCUCUUGACCGCAGCUGGGGAGACACUCGGCGGGUGUGAAAUGACGUGGCAUGAGGAGCUUCGUAGCCGGCAGUUCUGGCGAGCCAUGAUGGCGGAGCUGAUCGGCACGCUGGUGCUGGUGAGCGCCGCGCUGGGUGCGUCCGUACCGGUCCGUGGGGAGGCCCCGGAGGGAUCCUUGUCCCCUGCGGUAGCAGUCGGUGCGGUGGUUGUCGUACUGGGGCACUGUUUUGGGGAAAUAAGCGGGGCGCAGGUCAACCCUGCAGUCACUUUGUCCCUCCUGGCCACGCGGAGGCUGGACGUCCUGAGGGCUCUCAUUUAUAUUGCUGCCCAGUGUUUGGGGGCUUUAUUGGGGGCCGGGGCCCUCUACUUGGCUUUGCCCCUCAAAAGCACUGCAGACAACUUUGUCACCAGGGUGCACAUUGAGUUGAAUGCAGCGCAGGCCCUUGGCAUUGAGGUCUUAUGCACCUUCCAGUUGGUUUUCACAAUUUUCUCAGUUGAGGCCCAGCGACGAAGGGACAGCCCGGAACCAGGAAACCUUGCUAUUGGACUGGCACACACUGCUGGAGUGAUGAUAGGGGCUCGGUUCUCUGGUGCUAGUAUGAACCCUGCUCGCUCUCUUGGUCCUGCUAUCAUCACAGGAUUUUGGGAAAACCAUUGGGUGUACUGGAUCGGACCGGUCUUCGGGGCAGUACUGGCCGGUGUGUCGCAUGAAUUCUUCUUUGCACAAAGCGCCUCGCGCCAAAAGCUGGUGGCAUGCCUGACGUGCAAAGACAUUGAGAUCGUGGAGACCACCAGCAUUACCGGCUCGUCCCUGUCCACCGUCACUCAGAACGCUGCCAGAGCCAAACAGGCCCACAAACACGACAACAACUGAAAGGUGCCAAGUGGGAACGCUCAAAUCAGCGUUAAAACACUGUAGAACGUCUGAAUGCGAUGCCUGGUAUUUGCAAUGACAACAUUGUUCUAUUUCCUACUCUCACGUUAGCAUUUGCAACUCAUUAGAGUACACGAUGCAGGCUCAUCCAAACCCUCCUGCAAACAACCCCACUCUCGUUGUUGCUGCGUUGCAUCCUGAGGCCAGGAAAGCUUUGAAAUGCUAAAGAGCUUCGAUGACGCUCUUAGUUCCUGCCUCUUAGUGUUUGUUUCUCCCCUCGGGCCUUUUGUUCACAAUCAAACAGAUCUGAGCACAUUAAUGACUGCAUGGUGGGGGGAAACACGUCAGUGGCAAUCCGCUUUGUUUCAUGGAAAUUGAUAUUUUUGGGGUUUGGUUCUGCUAACCAGUGUUGUGAAAAUGCGUCUACAUGUUUGAGAUUUUGAACAGGUCUCAUGGUGAAAAUAAAAUACGGAUCACAUUUUUGACAACAAUUGAUUUUCUGAGCAAUUUUGCAAAGCUUCACAAAUGUUCCAUAUGCGCACUGCUCAUGACACGACACGCAUGCAUCAUCCAUUCUGACAAGUUCAAAUCUACUUUGCUGUUGCUGAAUUUCUUUAAAAAUGCAUGCUUUGCCUUCUUAUUUGAUAUUUACCGCUAUAUUUAACACUUUUCAUUGUUCAUAAAUUUCAUUCUUUACCCCUGGUAAAAAGUAACACAUUAAACUUGAGCUGAAAAUUAAAUCUAUUCAGUCUUGACACAUCUGGUUACAUUUUUACUUCAUUUGA